AUGGCGGAGCUUGAGAACCCAAGUGUAAUGUCGAAGCUAAUAGCAUUCUUAUCUUCAUUGCUAGAGCGAGUUGCUGAGUCAAACGAUCUGACCAGGCGAGUCACGACUCAGUCACAGAGAGUUUCGGUGUUCCAUGGAUUGAGUCGACCAACCAUAACGAUUCAGAGCUAUCUACAGAGGAUCUUCAAAUACGCAAAUUGUAGUCCUUCUUGCUUCGUCGUGGCUUACGUUUAUCUCGACCGUUUCACUCACAGACAACCUUCACUUCCCAUCAAGUCCUUUAAUGUCCAUCGUCUUCUCAUCACCAGUGUUAUG